AUGAACCCAAUACCACAUUCUUGGCGCAGCAGCAUCUGCAUAAAUUUCUUUGGCCCUGCAAUUAUGCUGCUGUUGAUCUUCAUCUCUCCUGUCAGUUCAUGCGCCGAGCAGGAGAGCCACUCCCUUCUCCAGUUCCUCGCUGGGCUAUCGCAGGACGGCGGUCUCGCUGCAUCAUGGCAGAACAGCACAGGCUGCUGCACCUGGGAAGGGAUCAUCUGCAGUGCAGAAGGUGCAGUGAGUGAGAUAUUGCUGGCCUCAAGAGGCCUUGAAGGGAAGAUCUCGCCGUCCCUGGGAGAGCUCACCGGCUUGUCGCGCCUCAACCUGUCACACAACUCGCUCUCCGGUGUCCUUCCGGCGCAGCUGAUGUCCUCCGGCAGCAUCACCGUUCUUGAUGUCAGCUUCAACCGCCUCAAUGGGCACCUGCCAGAGCUGAAUUCAUCAGUAUCUGACCAGCCAUUGCAGGUGCUGAAUAUCUCAAGCAACAGGUUAACAGGAGAGUUUUCGUCCACCAUAUGGGAGAAAAUGAGGAGCCUGGUGGCAAUCAAUGCAAGCAACAACAGUUUCACUGGGUACAUACCUUUCUCUUUCUGCAUCAGUUCGCCAUCUUUAGCAAUGCUUGAUGUUAGCUACAACCAGUUCAGUGGCAACAUUCCCCCUGGAAUAGGCAAAUGCACUGGACUUAGAAUGCUCAAGGCUGGCCACAACAACAUCAGCGGGACCCUCCCGGAUGAUCUCUUCCAGGUCAAAUCAUUGGAGUAUCUCUCUUUUCCUAAAAAUGGUUUGCAAGGAACAAUUAAUGGUGCACUCAUGAUAAAGCUCAGUAAUCUGGUUUUUCUUGAUCUUGGGGGAAACAGAUUCAGUGGCAAGAUCCCUGAUUCUAUAGGCCAGCUGAAGAAACUAAAGGAGCUUCACAUGGACCACAACAAUAUAGAUGGGGAGCUGCCAUCAUCCUUGGGCAAUUGCACAAAUCUAGAAAUCAUCAUCCUCACGAACAACAGAUUAAUGGGAGAGCUUGCUAAGGUUAACUUCUCCAACUUACCAAAUCUCAAAAAUUUAGAUAUUUGUAUGAAUUACUUUACCGGGAAAAUUCCAGCAAGCAUCUACUCAUGCAGCAAUUUAACUUGGUUGCGGUUAUCUUUCAAUAAGCUUCAUGGGCAGUUGACAGAGAAAAUAGGAAAUUUGAAAUCCCUAACCUACAUAUCCAUUUCCUACAACAAUUUUACAAAUAUCACAGGUGCACUUCAUAUACUCAAGAGCUUAAGCAACCUCACUACCUUGCUAAUUGGGGGUAAUUUCAUGCAUGAAGCUAUGCCAGAAGAUGAAACAAUUGAUGGUUUUGAGAAUCUUCAAGGUCUUGGCAUGAAUGACUGUGCACUGACUGGAAAGGUACCUAGUUGGCUCUCAAAGCUCAAAAAAUUGAAACUUGUACUUUUAUACAACAAUCAACUCAGUGGACCAAUACCAACCUGGAUCAAUAACCUAAAGUCCCUUAUGUAUAUAGACAUAUCCAAUAAUAGCCUUACAGGGGAAAUACCACUGGCACUAAUGGAAAUGCCAAUGCUAAAAUCAGACAAGAUCGGAGACGAUUCAGACCUACGAGCCUUUCUGAUGCCAGUUUAUGUGGAUCCAUCUCUUCAAUACCGCACAGCUAUUGCAUUCCCUAGAAUGCUGAAUCUUGGUAACAACAAAUUAAGUGGUGCAAUCCCCAUGGAGAUUGGUCAGUUGAAAGCACUGCUUUCACUCAACUUGAGUUUCAACAACUUAAACGGGGAGAUCCCACAAUCGAUCAGCAACCUCAGGAAUCUGAUGAGGCUAGACCUGUCUUCCAACCAUCUAACAGGUGAAAUCCCAUCAGCAUUGGCGAACCUACACUUCCUUUCUAAAUUUAAUAUUUCGUACAAUGACCUUGAAGGAAUCGUACCAAUUGGAGGCCAGUUCAGCACAUUUCCAAGUUCUAGUUUUGCAGGGAACCCAAAGCUAUGCAACCCUAUGCUUUUGCACCAUUGCAAUUCAGCAGAACAAGCUCCAGCCUCCCCUAUCUCAACCAAGCAGUAUAUCGACAAGGUUGUCUUUGCAAUUGCAUUUGGUGUGUUCUUUGGAAUAGGCGUGCUAUAUGAUCAGAUAAUCAUAUUCAGAUAUUUUGGCUAAACCAGUUAAUAAUAUGUUCUAUAGAUUGUACAUAUGCAAUGGUGAAUCGUCAUAGAACUGAGAUAGGACCAACAACUGUGCUUGUAAGCAUUGCAAGUAUAAAUGUAUAAUC